UCGGAUACCAUUCUAAGAGACACGCCACUGAUCGAAAGUCAACCGUUCAACGUAUCAUUUUUUAUUUAAUUUUAAUUUUUUUCUGGGGUUUCGUGACAAAAAGGCGCUAAACUGUAAGCUAUGACUACAUCAGCUGUAAUGGAGGUGGCUAAGUCGAGGUUAGACCUUGAUUCUCCCAGAUGGGAUCAGAAUACUUUUAUGGGUCGCCUCAAGCACUUCUUCAGUAUAACCGACUCCAGGCUAGCAAUCAGUACCAAUAAACAGCUAGAUGAUGCAAAAGACCUGGUACAAAACUACAAACUCGGACUGGAGCCACCAGGAACGACAGAAGAGCAGCUAAGAUACGCUCAACGGCUUUACAUGUCUGCUUUCCAUCCUGACUCGGGGGAGAGACAAAAUUUAAUUGGUAGGAUGUCCUUCCAAGUCCCCGGUGGUAUGCUCAUCACUGGUGCCAUGUUACAGUUCUACCAAACUGUCCCUGCUGUAGUAUUCUGGCAGUGGGUGAAUCAGUCAUUCAACGCUCUAGUUAACUACACAAACAGGAAUGCAGCCUCAUCAAUAACUUCUUGGCAAAUUGGGACAGCGUAUGUUACAGCCACAACCGGUGCACUGGUCACUGCGCUUGGACUCAAUGCAUUAACUAAAACGGCCCCUCCACUUGUUGCCAGGUAUGUCCCUUUUGCAGCUGUAGCAGCAGCGAAUUGUGUGAACAUUCCUAUGAUGAGACAACAGGAGCUCAUCAACGGUAUCGUCAUCUACGACGACAAGGGCAACGAGGUCGGAAAAUCAAGGAAAGCAGCGGUAAAAGGAAUUUCUCAGGUAGUCUUCUCAAGAAUAUUCAUGGCAGCUCCUGGCAUGUGUGUACUGCCGGUUAUCAUGGAACGUUUAAUAAAAUACCCAUGGUUCAACAGAGUUCCGGCCUUGCAUGCUCCAUUUCAAGUCUUAGGCGUAGGAUGCUUUCUCGUCUUCAUGACACCGUGCGCAUGUGCAUUGUUUCCUCAAAGAAGCACUAUCGCUGUAUCCAAACUCGAACCUGACACUAGGAAAGCUAUUCAAGACAAAUAUGGCGAUUCACUACCAUACGUCUUCUACAACAAGGGGUUGUGAUUCAGCAUCCAUCGUAGGUAGGAUUAGAUAUUAUGAACAAAUUAUAUAUUUUUAAAAGCUUGUAUCAACUGUGACCUCUUGGAAAAAAUUACUUCUCCCUUGUAUUAAUUAUGACCUUGUGGAAAAUAUAAUUUCUUCCUAUGAGUACAAGUGCCAUUCAUUCCAAAUGAUUUUUACAAUUGAUUCGUAAGAGCGAUUUGUAUGAUGCAUAAAUGGGUACUUACUUGCCAUCUGUACCAAGAAACUUUGUAUUGUUUGUUUUUGCAUUAUGAUCCCAAAAUACAGAAUCUUUUGAUACAUAUAUGUAUUACUAUUUUUUUUUUAAUUGUACUACCAAAAGACUUCUGUAUGUCAAAGAUAUUUAAUGUAUUCUUAGGUGGAAUAUAAAUGAAUUUAGAUACAAAUUUUAAUGGUUAAGAAGCACAAAGUCACCCUAAGUACUUCCUAGUGCAAUACUCAGUGUCACAAUUAUGGUUAUAAUAAUGAUCUUCAUGUUUUUUUUAUUAUUAAAUUUUUGGUGUAGAAUUUGGAAAGGUUAACAAUAUUGCUUGAUUACACAUGGCAAUACAACUGUCUUUUUUUUGUCUAGUGUUUAAAGAUUAUGGAGAUAUAUAUUAUACAACUGAGGUAUCGAGGAUGAGAGUACACAUAUUUACAAAUAUAUAUAAAUGGGAGAUUGUGGACAAAUGCUAGUUUUCAUAGCUUUAUUGCUUUAAAGAGGUCCCUUGGAUCAUGAAAUAAUUUCAUUAUAGUCGGGAUUAUUAUUAUAAUAGGUGUAGAAAUGAGGGAAAGUGUACAUGAAUGCUGGGAAUGAUUUGCAACCUCAAAAACAUAUUUUAGGGGUCUAUGCAUUUAUUGUAGAACUAAUAGAUAUAAUAAUGAUAUAGGGUAUU